GUCAUGGGUGUGCCUGUCACUGUGUUUCCUUCACGCUGUGAUGUGUGUGCGGCUCGUUCUGCACUGCAUCGCCACGGGGCUCUGCUGCUGCUGCUGCUGCUGCAACCAGGCAGGGCUGUUCUGAGCAGUGAUGUCAUGAGCUCCACACACCCUGCCUGUCCCGGGCUCUCGAACCGUCGCAUGCGAAUGCUGGGAUCUCCAUUAGGAAGAAUGAUCCGACCCGAGCCUACGCAUUGCAAGGGGUGCUGGGGGGUCUCCUCCUGAAGACAGCAUGACAGUGCCCCCCCCCACACCACCUUCAUCAAUAUGAUUCACAAGAGUACCUGAGCUACUCACCUGAGCCCAAACCCUGAUACACCUGUACCUGUCUCGCCUGCACCUGAGUCAAUCUGUUCUUAAAUUACUCACCUGAGCUCUCCUCUAUCUGAGUGACUCACCUGAUACCCCUGUGCGAUCUCUCACCUGCACCUGAGUCAAUCUCUCCCUGAGUGACUCACCUGAGCUCACCUGUGUUACAGAGAGAGAGCUGGGAUCCCACACAGACCCUCAACCAGCACGGCAUUCAGUGAAGAGUGGAGCUCACCUGUACCUGAGCGACCCUCGCCAGUCACCCGCCAUGCUCUCGUCUGCCUUGCUGGACAACCGGAAAUGGGCGGGAAAGGAGGAGCCGGAAAAGCAGGAGCGCCGGGAACUGAACGGGAACGCGGCUCCGGGGGUGGGGCCGACUUCCACUGGGAAGAAAACGAGGCCGGAGAAGACCGAGGAAAACAACAACAACAACAACCACAACAACAGGAACCACAGCGCCGGAGAUCCGGAGCGACCGGGACACCGCGGGGAGGAAGUCAGGUCGUCAGGAACCCAUGGGGAGGAAGUGAGGUUGCCAGGGACCCGCGGGGAGGAAGUGAGGUCGUCAGGGACCCGCCGCCACGAGGAGAACGGCAACGACGAUGACGACAGAAACCGCAAACCGGAAACGGACGCCAACUGCAACGAGCCUUCCCUGCCGUGCCGGUGCUGCAGAGAGCAUUCCCCACCGCGGGAACCGGGGAAGAAGACGCCCCCGGAAACAAUCCUUGAUGAGCGGGAAGGGCAGGGGAAGCGGGGGUCCCUGUGCCCCCCCCCCUCGUGUGCGGAGCCCCCACAGUCUCCUCUGGAGUUCACCCUCUCCAGCUCCGGCUCCUCCUCUUCCUCCUCAAUCAGCAGCUGCUCCGACUUCGAGUCCGACUCCAAUCCCGAGUUCCCGGCGGAUUCCCGGCGGGAUGCGGUGGUGGGGGAGGGGGGCGGCGUCCUCUCGCCGGAUUCCAGGAGGCAGCCGGAUAUCGUCCCCCUGGAGCAGGGCAUGGAGCCGAGGUGCUUGGAAGAGAAGGAGAAGAAGGAGACCGAGACAGAGACGCAGCAGGAGGGCCUUUCCGAUGUCUUUAUUCCCUGCUACUCACCGGAUGAAGGCUACCCUUCCGGGCACUGCUCCCGUUCCUCGUCGUUCCCGGAGCUGGGGGAGGGGGAGGAGGAGGAGCUCCCCGAUUCCCUGGCCGGCAGCCCGGAUGAGGACAACGACGGGAAUAACCAGCCUUUCUCUGGAAUGUCUUCCAGCGGCGCCUCCCCCUGCUCCGAGCCGGAGAGCGGGGACGGGAGCAAGCCAGCUCGGAGCUCUCCUCCCAACCAGUCGUUUUCCUUCUACUCCUCCCCCGGCCCCCUGUCCCGAAUCCACGGGCUUCCCGGCAAGGCUCCCAAUAACAUUCCCAAACUGGAAAAAGUGGACGAUCCCAGCUCCCAAACCGGAUGGACCGCAGACCGAAAGCAAGCUGGCCGAAUUCCCGAUAUUCCAGACGUCAUUAUUAAGAAGAACAAGGAGGUUCCCGAUCCGGACUCCUGCGAUACAGAUCCCAUUCCUGGAAAGAUAUCUGACACUCCUGGGAAUGCUGCCCUCAAGGGGAAGGAGGAAGACAUUCCGGCAGGGAGCUCCGGCCAGCGCUGGGACAGCUGGGCUGACGUCCUGGGAGGGAAGGAGGGAGGAGGAAAGGAGGGGAGGAGGCCUCUGGUUUUGGAUUUGGGGGGGCCAGGUUACGUGGACCGGCUCCUGGGACAGCGCUCCCCUCUCCUGGACUCCCGCGGGAUUCCGGAACCCCAGAAGAACGUGACGUCAUUCCACGAGCUCGCCCGCCGGAGGAGGAGGAGCGGCGGCUCGGCCAAUCACAGCGCGGCCGGCGGCGACAGGGAGCGAUCCGAUUGGCUCAUGGUUUUCUCCCCGGACACGGAGCUCCCUCCCCGGCCGUUCGGAAACGGGAAUCAACGGGCUGAGGCGGAGGAGGAAGAGGAGGAGGGGGAGAACAGGAGGAGCAGCCCCCAAAAAGGAGGGUCUCAGGGUGGGUCAAAUGUGACCACCUUCAAAGAGCUGAGGCUCCGAAACAAGCAGAACCAGCAGAGACAAAACUGGGGGUCCUGCUCCAGUGACGAAGGGGCGGUCCAGGUGGAGCCGGAAGAGCCCCCGCCUUUCCCCAGCGCCUGGGACCCCUUCCUUGAGGAGGCAGGGGGUUCCGAACCCUCAGCGGCCGCCCAGCCGCCCCCGCCAGCCAUCAGCUUUUACUUCCAGACUCCGAGCCAGCCGCCACUGGCCAGGAGGCACUCCCGGCCAGCCCUGCAGCCAAUCGCAGAGGGAGCUGCGGAAGACGAGCCCCGCCCCCUGGGGAUUCCGCCCGGCGACGGAGAAGGGGAGAGAGGCACUGCGGAUGGAGGGAGAGGCAGGGAGAGCCACUCUGCAGCAGUCUCUGCUCCCCCCUCUCCCUACUUCCCCCUCCCUGACCAGACCCACGCUCUGCUGCUCCCCCCAGUACAGUACCAUUACCGACACCACCAGCAGCACCUGCUAUUCCACCACCCGUCCACCAGGAGGAGCCAGCUGCUGUCCAGCCCAGACGAGUCCACACUCCCAGUCUCCGGGCCCUGGCUUCAGUACCUCUCCGGGCAGCCAGGGGGCGCCCUCCUCUUCACUGACCUCCUCUCUCCCCCCACCCCGCCUCGCCUCUCCCCGAUCGGAGCCUACUCCCCCCCUGUCAGGGCCGGCUUGCCCCCCCCGUGCACGGACCUGCCCAGUCUGUGCUGCCCCUUCUUCCCCCGCAGCCGAACCCUGCCCAGCCUGCGAGCCUGCCCAGGGGGGCCCCAGGACGGGGGGCAGGGGUCUGGAGGGAGAGUCCCUGCGGCCGCCUCUCACACGGGCAGAGCGUGUGAACAGCUCGUUCGCAGCCUCUCAUUCACCGGACCGCUGCAGGUGGGCGGGACCUGGAUGGCCGGUUCCUCGAGGACCCCUCUGGGUGAUCAGGAGCUGCCCCUGCUGUGCCUGCAGCAGAAGAGUGCUCUGGUGAAUGCUGUCAGCUCCGCAGUGGAGGAGAUCCUCUCUCACUUCAGCUCGUCACGAACGCUCGUCCAGAAGGCGCAGUCGGGGGACAGCAGGUUGAACCCCUCUCUCGCCCGACUGGUGCUCCAGGCCCUCUGCCCGGCUCUCCGCUCCCUGCUCUCCGACGGACUCAAGCCCUACCAGAGUGACCUCAUCGUGGGCCGCAGGAGGAAUUCACCCUGGGGACUGGUGGAGGCCUCCACACGACCAGGCCCCAGUACUCAGGGUCUUCACCUCCUCUCUUCCCGGCUCUGCCAGCUCCCUGAGCUCCGCAACGCAAACAAGAGAUUCAAUGCCUUCGUCUUCGGACUGCUCAAUCUAAAGCUGCUGGAUCACUGGCUGUCUCACCUACAGAGCUCUCAAGACGUGCUGUCAGCUUACUACAGCCCCGCCUCCUUCCUGCGCCUCACAUCCUGUCAGCCUCUCUUUGAGGAGCUGUUGCUGCUGCUGCAGCCCCUCUCUCUCCUGACCUUUCACCUCGAUCUGCUAUUCGAACACCACCACCUCCUGCCAGCCAAUCAGGACGGCCGCAGAGCCAGCUCGGCCAAUCAGAUCCCCAGGGGGUCAGCACCAGCCAAUCGGGGGCCAGAUGGAAAGGGGACAGCCAAUCAGGACAGCCCUGGUUUAGCGAAUGGGAGUGAGCACACUGAUCGGGGGCCAAAACCCGGCACAGCCAAUCCAGCGCCUGGAGGUGGGGCCGGUCCAACCAAUCAGAAGCCAGCUAGUAGGAAAGAGGCAGGCAGCAGCGGCCCAGCCAAUCAGAGUGUGCUUUUCCCUGUGGAGUGGGAGCUGGGGGGAGCGCCCCCUGGUGCUGGGAGGCCCCUGUCACAGCAGGCAGGGCAAGCUCUUCAGAGCGGCUGGAAGCAGAUAGUGCAGUGGGGGGGCGGGCUGGGCCAGAACUGGGCUGGAUCGGACCGGGCCAGCAGAAUCAGGGCUGGGGAGGGAGAGGUGAGCUGGUGGGACAAGCUCAGCCAGAACCCCUGGGUCUCUCUCUCCCCCACACAGACACAGAACUGGGGCAAGGACCCCCGGAGCUGCACAGAGACACAGUCAGGCACCUCUCCGGACACCCGCGGCACGGACGCAGAGGCCCCGCCCCCCCCGCCCCGACGGGUCAGGCGCGGGUCAGAGGGCGCCGGCGGGGUCGGAGGUGAAAGGGGCUCAGUUCUGGAUGCUGGGCAGACUUUUCGGAGCUUCACUGGGGGACAGCAAGCCAGCGACACAGGAGCAGAAACUGCGCCGUCCGUCCAGCUGGCUCUCUCCGAGCGCUUCUGUUCUGAGGGCGAUUCGGACCGGCGCCGCAACCCAGCGAGGAGGAGAGGGGUCUGGACCAGAGACCAGCCCGAAGCGGACCGACACACAGAACCCAGGACUCAGGGCCGUGCGCACGCUGUGUGAUUACCAGGGCUCGGGGGCGGAGCUUAGCUUCAGGAAGGGGGAGGAGCUUCCCCUGGUGGGGGCCGUGGACGAGGAGUGGAUCCGCUGUCGCCAAGGAGACCGCGAGGGGCUGGUUCCCAUUGGCUUCGCCUCCCUGAUCAUGUGACGUGGGCCCAGUAGAGCAAUGCCAUUGUGUGUGUAUAGAGAGAGAGAGAGAGAGAGAGAGAGAGAGAGAGAGAGAGAGAGGGAGGCAGCAUUCUCAUAUCUAAUGCUUCAAUUGAACACCUGCUAUUUAAAGAUGCACACAGCUGUGCAGCGUGUAGACCCAGCUGGUAGAGGCAGCCCUGCUUGUGUUGCUGCUGUGAGGAAUGAUGCAGCUGCUGUAAUUAUUAAUAAACACCAACCUGCUCCUGAAGAGAGGCUCCAGGCAUUGCUUUGUGUGUGCGUGUGUGUCUGUUUGUGUGUGUUUGUGUCUUUGUCUGUGUGUGUGUGGUUAUGUGAUGAAAACAGUGACGUAGUACCACUCCCUAAACACUGGGUGGCAGCAGACUCUUAUUUGCACCAGCAACAUUAUCACUGACCCCUCCGUUUAAAGGAGCGCUGACCAUCUUUAAAAUCCAUUCUCUCACCUCUUAUUAGCUUUAUU